GAGAAGAGGAGAGCCCUCCAGAGGAAAGUAGAGAGAGAGAGAGGAUGGUGAAGGACAUGAGCGUGGAGGGGGAGGACCAGGCGGUGAAGGACUACGAGGACCCGCCGCCGAAGCCACUACUGGGGGUGGAGGAACUCUGGAAGUGGGCGCUCUACCGCGCCCUGAUCGCCGAGUUCGUCGCCACCCUCCUCUUCCUCUACGUCACGAUUGCUGCCGUCAUCGGCUACAAGCGGCAAUCGCAAGCCAACCAAUGCAACGGUAUCGGCUUCCUCGGCGUUGCAUGGUCCUUCGGCGGCAUGAUCUUCAUCCUCGUCUAUUGCACCGCCGGCAUCUCCGGUGGUCACAUUAAUCCGGCAGUGACGUUUGGGAUGUUCUUGGCGAGGAAGGCGUCAUUGAUCCGAGGGGUUCUCUUCAUGGUGGCUCAGUGUCUGGGGGCCAUUUGUGGGGUGGGAUUGGUGAAGGCAUUCAUGAAGCACUCCUAUAACUCUCUUGGUGGUGGGGCAAACGUGGUGGCGCCGGGGUACUCCAAGGGCAGCGCCCUCGGCGCCGAGAUCGUCGGCACCUUCAUCCUCGUCUACACCGUCUUCUCCGCCACCGACCCAAAGCUCAAGGCCCACGAUAGGCACGUUCCGGUUUUGGCGCCUCUAUCGAUCGGGUUUUCCGUGUUCAUGGUGCAUUUAGCUACGAUCCCGAUCACAGGGACCGGCAUUAAUCCGGCGAGGAGCUUCGGUACGGCAGUUAUAUACAACCAGCGCAAGGCCUGGAGUGAUCAUUGGAUAUUUUGGGUGGGACCGAUGGUGGGAGCGGCGGCCGCGGCGGCGUACCACCAGUACGUGAUAAGGGCUAACGAGCGCAGCAACGCUCACAACUGACCUCUGCCUCCUCCUUUAUCCUGUUCUUCUUUGGUUGUAGACGUGACUGUGAACAUUAUGUUGUGGGGUGUGGGGGUUCGAGUGCUUUUCUUUGUGUCAUUUCGUGUUCUCUCUUUAUUUAUUGUGCAAGAAGGAUGAUGUGUGGUAUUUGUUUCAUUCAGUGGCGGGAUUGUGGUCCUAAUCAGACUAUGUACUGCUUUAAUUAUAAUAUAUUGUGAUUUUUAACGUGCUUUUCA